AUGGAAUGGUGGAGAAAUUUUUGCAUAGCUGAAGAUUUAGAGUUUACAAGGGACAGGAUAGUAGAAAGCUUCUUUUACGCUGUAGGGAUUACCUCUGAGGCUCAACAUGGAAGCAUGAGAGUAUGGGUCACCAAAGUGAUACAAAUGGUGCUAAUAAUAGAUGACGUUUAUGAUAUUUAUGGUUCUUUAGCUGACAUCCAGCAAUUCACCCGUGCCAUAGAGAAGUGGGACUCGAAAGAAGUAGAGUGGCUACCAGAGUGCAUGCAGAUUUCUUUCAGGACGUUGCAUGCUACAAUGGAAGAGAUAUGUUCUGAAAUUCAAGAACAAAAGGGUGGUUCUUCAACAUUACCUUAUUUGAAACAAGGGUGGGUCAACUUUUGUAAAGCCUUGUUGGUGGAAGCAACAUGGUUCCAUGAAGGUCAAAUACCAACACUUGAAGAGUAUCUUGAUAAUGGGUGGAUUUCAUCAUCUGGUUCAUUAUUUUCCUUUCAUGUGAUUUAUGGUCUUACGAAUAAAAUAACAAAUGAAGGCCUUGGUUUAUGCAAAAAUUGCCAAGAAAUUAUUUAUCACACUUCGAUGAUAAUUCGACUUUGCAAUGACCUAGGCACCUCAACGGCGGAGCUAGAGAGAGGUGACGUUGCUUCAUCAAUUCUGUGUUACAUGCAAGAAGAAAAUGUCUCAGAAGAUGUAGCUAGAAAAUAUAUUGAAAGCUUAAUUUUGGAUUCGUGGAAGAAAAUUAAUUAUCAUUUUUAUAACCUAUCUUCAUCACAACAAAAAACUGUUAAUCAUGUAAUAAAUGGAGCGCGUAUGGCACAUGUCAUGUACCAAUUUGGAGAUGGAUUUGGGGUGCAAGAUGGUGAAAAUCGAGAUCGGAUCCUCCUCAACUUGGUUAACCCUAUUACAUAA